GGUGUCCGGCUCCCGUGGGACUCGGUCCAAUCAGCAAUACCGUGCGCGGUGACACGUGCGGAGCUAGACCAAUAGGGGGCGAGCAGCCGCGCAGGCGCAGUAAACGGGCGUCGAGAGGGAUCGAGCAACGAUGGCGAGCGGCGACGGAGACAAUAAAAGCAGCAACCGCCUGGCUGCGGAAACUGCCCAGCUUGAAGAACAUUUGGAGGGCUGGGGAGAAGUGAUGCUUGCUGCAGAUCGUGUCCUGCGUUGGGAGAAACCCUGGUUUCCUGCUGUAAUGAUGCUGGGUGUGUCAGUGGUAUUUUUACUAAUCUUCUGGCUGGAUCCUUCAGUGCUGACUGGUGUUUCAUGUGCCAUUAUGAUCAUCUGUUUGGCAGAUUACUUAGUUCCAACUGUUGCUUCCAGGAUGUUUGGAUCCAACAAAUGGACUACAGAGCAGCAACAACGCUUUCAUGAAAUCUGCAGCAAUCUGGUGAAGACUCAGCGUUGGAUUGUGGGCUGGUGGAGACGUUUGUUUGCUCUGAAGGAGGAAAAGCCUAAAAUGUAUUUCAUGACUGCGGUAAGUGUUCUCUCUGUGGUGGCUUGGAUUGGGCAGCAGGUUCACAACCUCUUCCUCACCUAUUUGAUUGUGAGUUUCAUACUCUUGUUUCCCGGUCUGAAUCGGCAUCGACUGAUCACAAAAUAUGUGGGAAUGGCUAGACGGGAAAUUAACAAGCUCCUGAAGCAAAAAGAGAAGAAAAGUGAAUAACGCAAACUGGAUUUGUCACCGUUAAAAAUGAAUUUGAUUACUUGUGACCUUAGUUGGCAAUUCUUGCUGAAUCAAAAAGUACAGCGCCUCGUGUGUGUUCAGCGAUAAUAGCUGCAUUUGGAGGGGAAAAGAGAAAGCAAAAUAUGUGUGUAUAGCAAAUGAGCAUCGUUUAUUUUCUCAUUAUUUCAGAUCAGGAGUUGCUAUUUAGUUCUCAACCAAUGUUUUCUCUCCUUGUAUUUGUGAUGUUUUGAAUUAGUUUUUGUUCCAGCCAUGACUGCACUGAAAGUUUAACCAGAAACUAUUUGUUACUUGGAGUUGUGGAGUUGCUUGAUAUCUGUGCAUCACCUGUCAUCUUGCUGGAGCAUUUGCAUGCUAGUGAGAGCCAGUUGUCAGUAUCAGAAACAGUAUAUUCACUAUGACUACUGUGUGUAAUUGUAUGUUUGAAGUCACAUGUAAAUAAGGCUGUGUUUUGCUCUCUGUAAAUGUUUUUAUGUAUAUUUGUGGUUAAUGUACAUUUUAGUUGUUUUUAACUAUAGCCUUUGAGGGUUCUUGCUCAAUAAAGCACUGAACAGGUGGUUUACACAGAAAUCAACAUUAAUUCAUCUUCCAUCGACUAAAAGCUGUAAUCACCUCAGUGUGUGGGAAGUAAGCAACAUGUCCAGCCUCAUCAAUACAUGUACAUUGCCAUGCCUGGUCAUGUCAUCAGCUAAUCUUUACUGGAGCUUCAUCUGGUUCAUUUGAAUUGCAAUGAAUUAAGUGGAAGUCCACCUCCAUGUGGAGAAGGGCAUUCUUUUGAUGCCUCUUGUUUGGCUGGGUAUUGAUCAUUCUUUUUCAUGCCAUCCUUUACUGACGCUGCAUCAUGUGUUUCUGCUGAGGAAAGUGAAACAACAGAAAUUCUGAAGGGAACUGUUUUGAAAGUACAAUGACAUCCUUCACUUGGGGUUCUUUAGUCUUGCUGACGGUGUACAGCUAAUUGUUCUGGGUCAUUACACUCCUGAAUUUCACUGACCGAUAUCAUAUUUGCUCAGUAUUGCUCUCUAUCCUUUACAGGGUAAUACAGAUUUACUAUCUUUGCUUUCCCCUUGCUCCUCAACUAAACUCAUAACCUUCUAAAGCUAUCAUUCUGAUUGCUGCAGGUUUCCUCUUUGUGAAAGGCUGGCUUACCUUCUUUCAGAAAUUAUUUGGAGAAAAAAAAUUUAAUCUUUACAAUGAAGCUUGUGUUAGCUCUUCAGUGAUUACAGUUGAUGAUAAAAAUGCACGUUAAAAAUGUAAUAGAUGUUAAAUUGUGUAUUCAAUGGGAAGAAGUAGCUAUAAUUGAUCUUUCUAAAAUGUUAUACUUCCAAUGUUCUAAUACUAUUUAAUA